AUGAUCGCAGAUUACAUUCCCCAGCCUUCCUUACUUCAAGGCACCCUGUUGGCUCUUGUUUUCACCAUUAUCGCUCGAAUCGCAUAUCUCGAGAUCAAGCACCGCGCGCUAAGUGAUAUCCCAGGUCCAUGGAUAGCUAGAUACACCAAUGCAUGGCGGUGUUAUUUGGCUUGGGUAUACAGUGAGCGUCCAGGAGGUAUUACAUACCACGAGGUCAUUCACAAAAAGUAUGGAGAUGUGGUUCGCGUGGGACCGCAAACCGUCUUUAUCAAUGAUCCCGCGGGUAUUCCAGUUGUUCUAGGAUUCAAAGAUAGACUCGAAAAGACCGACUCAGUCAAUGCCUUUAUGCAACCCGGAAAGCCUACAUCCAUUGUGGGCAUUCGGAAUGAGCAAAAACAUGCCUCGUACCGUCGCCCGAUUCAGGGCGCAUAUUCGCUGUCUAGUCUGAAGCUUUACGAGCCUGCAAUUGAUGACAUGAUCAACAAGUUGACCAGCAUAUUCGAUGAAAAGGUUCAAAGCAAAACCGUCAUUAAUGUUACUGAAUGGUGCCACUUUUUUGCAUACGAUACAAUCAUGAACAUUACUUUCGGUGCUCCAUUAGGCUUUCUCGAUAAUGCUAGAGAUAUGUAUGAUCUGAUUGCGAAUCAAGUGAAACACGUCGCCUAUGUGCGAGUGCUUACCCAAUGGCCGGCCCUAGAUUACGUUAUACGCACAAACCCUAUCGUCGUGGCAUUCAAGAAGCACAAAGAAUCCCCAUUCUUUCGUUUCGCAGUUCAGCGUAUUCGACAAGAGGUCGAAAAGCCCACACCUGAUGAGGUCCCCAAACGAACGCUCUUGCAGCAUUUUGUAGAUGCAAAAUCUAGGUACCCGGAGGUAGUUGACGAUACUCAAAUUCGUCUGUAUUGUGCCACCAACUCCUUGGCUGGAUCUCUUAGCCCAUCACGCGUGCUUGACUGCGUUUUGUCUUGGCUAGCACAACAUCCACGAGAGCAAGAUCGUCUUUACGAGGAGGUCAUGAGUAAUACCAAGGAGUUUCCAGUUUCUCUGGAAGAUACUGUCAACAUGCCAUACCUCGAAGGAGUCAUCCGUGAAGGAUACCGACUACAUCAUGGAGGAGACAUUGCCAUUGAACGCAAAGUAGGACCCAAUGGUACCACUCUCCAUGAUGGACGCUUUAUUCCAGGAGGCUACGAUCUCGCCAUGAGCAGUCCGUCUAUUCGUGUUUGUUCAGCCUUUGGUGAAGAGCCUCACGUCUUCAGGCCCGAACGUUGGAUGAGAGCAGAAGGGGAGAGUGAAGAUGAUUUCAAGGCUCGCCGAACCUAUAUGGACAAGGCAGAUUUGACAUUUAGCCAAGGAUCAAGAGCUUGCAUUGGAAAGAGUUUCACGCACUUAGAGCUUUUUAAGGUCGUUGCAUCAGUCAUGGGUCAAUUUAAGCUCGAACUUGCCGGCACACCGAAGCGAUUCGUAGUUCCUGUUCAACUUUCUCGACGCUCUGAUUCAAGCGAUUUAGCUGUUUCUAAUGAUAUUUAUCCUGGUGAUCGAACUGUAGCUGCCGCAUCCCGUCUCCGUGCACAGCAUAAUGUAUCAAAAUCAGCGCUCGGCGGACUUGUAUUCGCCCCGAUCGACUUUAAACAACCGAUGCUUCGAGUACUUGAUUGUGGAACCGCUGACGGCUAUUGGCUAUAUGACUUGUCAAAAGAACUCGAUCCUUCAUCUACACUCAUUGGCACAGACAUCGGCUCAUUUCCAUCGGACUCUUUCGCAAAGCCCAAAAACAUGACACUCUCUAUCCACUCGUAUAAAGACUCAUGGCCAGCCUCCUGGCAGAACUCGUUUGAUCUAGUGCAUAUGCGAUUCUGUGUUGCUGGACUAAAAGAUCCCGAAGAGGCACGUAUCGCUAUUGACAGGCUGAUCGGCCUCUUGAAGCCCGGUGGAUGGAUUCAACUAGUGGAUAGUACAUUGUCAUCGGGUAAGAUUCUUGCCAACGACAAACCCAGUACGAUUCUUUUCAAAUCUAUGGCCCAUAUGCUCGAAAGCAAAGGUCAGGAUACAAGUGCCGGAUUGAGAAUCAAACCACUACUCGAGAACUCCGGUAGGUUGUCGCACAUUGACAGUAAAGAAGUUGUUGCAAAAUUAGGCAAGGGCGCCGAGACCGAAGAGCUUAGCAAAGAUGGCGUCUACAAUUUGAUGAAGAUGGUCGACACAUUGAAACCUAAACUAGAAGGUCUAAAAGACUGGCCAGUGACUCCGACAAAACUUGAGGAGCUAAGACCCCUAAUCGUAGAGGAGGCAAACAGCACCGGCGCAAACAAGGCAUAUUACGCGGCUUGGGGGAAAAGAAUGUCAUAG